GUCAACUCGUGAUUUGCCUUUAGCUUCGACGUGAAAACAAAUCGUCGUGUGACGCAGAGCGCGUAAUACGUUCUUCGAUGAAAUAACUUUGCGAAUAUGACGUAUCCGCAGUUACAUCAACAGGAAUUGAUCGAAUUGGCUGAAAUAGCAGGAAUUUCUGCGGCACCGCGUGUAUUUCGGAUACUGCUGGACUUGCUGGCGUUACCGGCAUCCCCGGAAGAUAUUUACACUCUCUUAAAAACGUUGUCACAAUCUCCGAGUCGACGAAUAAGCGACGAAAGAACGCAUGUAUUUGCGUCUCCUGUCAAGAAAUAGCAUAUUGUGUAUUAGAUUUAUUAACUCAAUUUAACAAUGGAUAUUAUGAAUCAUCUUAUAAGGAAGAAUAUGUAGAAAAAUAACUCGUAAUCUGUAAUUCAAUGAACUGUGAUUAUCUUUCUUAA